AUGGACGGCCUCCCUCUUCGGCCCAUGAACGGUCUCAUCCCUCAAUCAUCAAACAGGCUCGCUCCUCAGCCCAGAGACAAUCUCGUUCCUCAACUCACUGACAAUCUCGCAUCCCAGACCACGGACGAUCCUAGCGCCUCAGAUGAGCAUGGUACGGUUGAUGAACCAACCGUCAGAGAAGCAUUAGGUGUAAUUCUCGCACAGGAGAAAGCCGAGAGGGAAGUUAGACAAGAGGCGACUUCGAUGUUUGAAGCUCUCACCACGCGCACCGCCCUGGCCGCACGUGAUGCCUCCUGCUGGACCGAGUACCCUCUUGGUGGCCGUGCCUGGGAUGCUCUCAACACAUGCCUCGCCGAGUCGCGCGAGCAGAUCCAGUAUGGCUAUUUCUGCCACUCGGAGACCUUCGUUCACCAAAUACCCUCUCUGGCUCACGAGCUCUUGCGACAAUCCCUGGCACGGAACGUCCUCCAAAAGCUGACAAGGUUGUGCUCGGGAAUGGGAGGUGAAGCAGAAGAAUUUGGGGCCAGGAUUGUGCAUGCCACCCCCCCUGGCACGAAAGCAGCCUCCAACUCGAGCCGUGAUCUACACCAGCCGGAUAUUUUUUUCUCACACGCCAACCUACCGAGGUGUGGUCUCCCUGUCGAAAUCGCAUAUUCGCAGAAGCGGAACAGAAUGCCAGAGCUGGCUGAGUUCCACAUCCUCAAAAGCAACCGGAAGGCCCGAUUGUUGAUCGCCGUUGACUACGACCACAAUCGCACAUCCAAAGUUACACUGUGCACAUGGAGACGAGACUACACUGACCCCGCCGGAUUACGGCUUGGAUGCCGAGUCCAAGAGCUCCGCACAGAAACUGGCACACUUGUCCCGGGACCGCCCUUGCGAAUCACCGUGCUCGACUUUGCACCUCAAGAACUCAUCCCGCCAUUCUUACACGGUCGGAACAUAGAGCUAUCGGUAGAAGAACUUUGUUUCAUUCUUCGACAAGCCGAUUCCUUGGAUGAGAGGGUUGAGGGGGAUCCAGAUACCGAUGGCGAAAGUUCUCCGGAUUUGACACCAGAUGACCCACACGAGGCCGUGUCGGGGCAAGCGAAUGAAGCGUGGCCUGUCCAGAGACCAGGGUUAAUGCCGUUUCCGGGGUAA